UAAAUGCGAUAUUUUUUAGUACUUUUAUUUAUUUACAACUCAAAACCGAAUCAUUUUCAAUAUUUCUCGUCGUUUUCGCCAGUUUUUCGAAUAGCGUAGCAGUCUACAGCACGGCUUUCCAGUGGAUAAUCAGUAUCGUUCGACCGCAGCGGCCUCGUCGGUGACAAUACUGAUAUUUUGCUCCAAAAGAGUAUAUUGAAUACAUAAACUCAAGAUGAGUGAUGAUGACCGUGAUGUUGAGUUAGAGACAGCAGAAAAGCGUGCACACCAUAAUGCUUUGGAACGCAAAAGACGUGACCAUAUCAAAGACAGCUUUACAAGUCUCAGAGAUUCAGUUCCAUCACUACAAGGUGAAAAAGUUGCUAGCCGUGCACAGAUAUUAAAAAAAGCAGCUGAUUACAUACAAUUUAUGAGACGCAAAAAUGUUUCCCACCAACAAGAUAUUGAUGAUCUCAAGCGGCAGAAUAAUAUUUUGGAAUCUCAGAUUAGAACGUUAGAGAGAGCUAAGGCAACUGGCAAUUAUGCUAUGGAAUCUAGUGAAUUAGCUUUAGAUGUAUCGGGGUCAGAAAAUUCUGAUGUAUCAGAUGGAGAACUCCAAAAAUCUAAAAGAAGACUAAAAAAGCAAAAGUUUGGUUAUUAGAUUUAAAUUUCUAUUAAUGUCUAAUUUUGUACGUAUUUAUUAUGUAUGAGGUAGGUUAAUAUUUAAAUAGUAUCUUA